GUCAGGUAUCAGAGAAAUCUGAGCGAAGUCUAAAGCUCAGACCUUUCUAUCUCUCUUGUUUAUGUUUAGUGAGAAAAUCGUGGGCUGGAUAGAGCCAAGGCAAAACAAGGCGAUACCAGCUGUAGUCCAAAAUUAUGGCUAAUAAAGGGAAAAUAUUAAAAUAUGAUUUGCUAGGAUUUGCUGCCAUCCUGUUGAUUCAUCUGCAAGUGGUGAACUUACAAUUGCUCAAUGAGAUUUCUGACAUAAUUGUAGAGGUUAGCUUACCAGAAGAACAAAUGCCUCACCUAAGAAAAAUACGUGAAGGGACCCGUGUACUAAGCCUCUCACUGAAACUAACUCAGACAUUUAACUUUGACCUCAACAAUAAAGAUAGUGACGCAUAUACAACAUAUAAAAAUACAAUUCAGAGUUCAAUUGAACAAAGCUACAAAAAUGUACCUGGCUAUCAGCUCAACUCUGCAACAGUGACUGGUUUCAGACCUGGCAGUGUGAUUGCAGACUUCAGUAUUACCUCAACAACUAACAACAUUGAUUUGGCUUCAGCAAACCAACAGCUUGCUACCAAUCUCAUUAAUAGUGGAUUCAGUGUUUCUAGUGAUUUUCUCAGUCAAAGUGUGAAAGGAGAACUAACUAACAUCAAAGGAAACAUAUAUCCUGGGACAGACCUCAAUCUGACAUGUAAUCCUCCAGAGACAAAUGGUAUAAUUUGGACCCUGAACGGGAUUCGGUUACAGCAGUCAGACAACUAUGUGAUUAAUAAUGCUGAACUCACUGUGAAGAAUGCUGAUCCCACUGACAGUGGUCAAUAUUCAUGCAUAACAACAGUAAACUCUCUGCCCUAUAUAAUCUGGCAAAGCAUUACAAUUCAGCCAUAUCCCAAUAUUCAAGUGACCAGUAAUAAAACUGUACAAUGCGAGGAUACAACAGUCUCACUGCAGUGUUGUGUUCAGGGUGUAUAUAAGGUGGAAUGGACUGACACUACAACCUGCUCAAGUUCAACAGGAGGCUGCAUACCAUGUGACUAUAAAAUUAACAAACAGAAUUGCCAAACAAAACAGUUCAAAUGCCAACUAACACAAACUAUCAGCCAUUACAACUCAAAGACCAUUGAUAUACAAGUAAAAAACCAAGGAUUAAAGUGUUCUAAUAAUGUAUUUGGAGCUGGAAAUGAGGGAGAAAAACAGACUGCUAUCUGUGAUGGAAACAUGGUUGGCUAUAAAAAAGUUCAGUGUAUUUCAAAAAAGUGGACCAUUAUAGAAGACAACUGUGUUCUGCGUGCAAUUCAAAAUUUAAAAGAUGAAGCUGAGAAUUUACAGGUAGCAGCUAUCCCGCAGUUUAUGGCCAGCCUCAGUAGUAAUGCUACAUCACAGGCUGAAAACAUCAUUGACUCUGCAGCAACCAUAACAACAAUUGUAGACAUACUAACCAUCGUUUCAGGUCUCUCACAAACAACUUUUGUCAGUCAAACUAUUAUGACGGAUUUCAUAAAAACAGCCGAGGUCAUUGGAACAGAUGGUACAUUAGGCACUUGGAAGCAUAUAAACAAUAACAGUGCAACAAGUAGCACCAGUAAUAAACUUCUGAAUGCUACUGAGAACAUUGCACGUAGACUCCCAGAUGAAGACAUUAUAAUAACAACAAUCUUCACUUCUCUAGAAAAGAAAUCCAUUACUGCACCCUUUUCUAAAACAUUUGGAAAAAAUUUGACUAUGCAUAUAUAUAUUCCUGUGACUAAAGCCAAGACGUCCCUCACUGUCAUAAUCUCUUCGGCUUUUAACAACAUCUUACCUGUUCGAACUCUGACCAAAAAUAACAGCAGUCAGACUGGCACCAUGAUCAAUGGAGACGUAGCUGUGAUUGAGACAAACUCAACAAUUAACAACAUCUCUCUUUCUUUUGAUGUCAUAAAUACUACAUUGGGAAAACCUCAGUGUGUCUUCUGGAACUUUAAUCUUCUGAAUGGUGUUGGUGGAUGGGACUCGACUGGCUGUCAGUUAAAGCUCUUAGGGAAUGAAACUGAAAGAUACACAUGUGAGUGCAAUCACACAACUUCUUUUUCAUUCCUGAUGUCACCAUUUACGCUGGAUAAAGUCCAAGCCCUAAUCUUAGACUAUAUAACCUACAUCGGUGUUGGCAUUUCAAUGGGCAGCUUGAUUUUGUGCCUCAUCAUUGAAAUCAUCACAUGUAAAUCAGUGACACAAAAUGACACAUCCUUCAUGCGCCAUGUCUCCAUAGUCAACAUCGCUGUCUCACUUUUGAUUGCGGACAUUUGCUUCAUCAUUGGUACAGUUGUUGUCAAACAAAAGGGUUAUGAGGGUUACUGCAGUGCAGUAACAUUCUUCAUGCACUUCUUUUAUCUCGCCCUUUUCUUCUGGAUGUUGCUGAUAGCACUUUUGCUCCUCUACCGCACCCUCAUGGUCUUUUCCAGAAUGACCAGAGGAGCAAUGAUGGCCAUAGGUUUCACUGUCGGCUAUGGAGCCCCAUUAAUUAUAGCUGUCAUUACUGUGGCAUCUACAGCUGGAGGCAAAGGAUACAUUCAACAAGAAAAUAGCUGUUGGCUGAACUGGGAUAAAACAAAGGCUCUCCUGGCAUUUGUGAUUCCUGCUCUGACGAUUGUAGCUAUAAACCUCCUGGUGCUUAUUGUGGUUCUGUGGAAGAUGUUGAGGAGAGGAGUUAAUCCUUCUGAUCAGCCAGAUGAGAAACAUCACCUAGUGGUCAUUGCUAGAUGUGUGGCAAUUUUAACACCUAUCUUUGGUCUAACGUGGGUAUUCGGCAUCGGGACAUUGGUGUCAGCGAACUUUAGGAUUCAUGUAGUGUUCGCAUUCCUUAAUUCACUGCAGGGUUUAUUUAUUUUGAUGUUUGGAACAUUUCUGGUUAGUAAGGUCCGAGAAGCAUUGGUAGGAACAUUUUCACUGAUAAACUUAAGUUCUGGCCAGACUAGGAGUAUAGAACCAACAGCUGCCAGUAGAUUUCCUUGUUUUCAGAGAUUAUGGCAGAGAAAUGUGUACAGAGCACCAAGUAGUGCCAGUAUGUCUUCAUGCAACUCCGAUACAGAUUAUUGACAACUCAAAUACAAGACCCCUGCUAUAUGGAUCUGUAUAACUGCAAACAUCAAACAUUAUAUAGUAAGGGAGAGUGGGGACGGUGGCAACACUUUCUGCAUUUAGUUCAGUUUCUCAGAGACUGUCUAUAUGCAUUAACAAUGUACUGUAACACAUGCUGUAAUGUGUACAUAUGAUGAUAUAAACUAAAAUAAAACUAAUAUAAAAAUAAAAA